AUGUCCCGGCGAAAGCAGAGCAAACCCCGGCAGAUCAAACGGCCGCUAGAAGAUGCCAUUGAAGAGGAAGAAGAAGAAUGUCCAUCAGAGGAAACAGACGUUAUCUCAAAGGGUGACUUUCCACUGGAGGAAAGCUUCUCCACAGAAUUUGGGCCUGAAAAUCUGAGUUGUGAAGAGGUGGAAUACUUUUGCAACAAAGGUGAUGAUGAAGGAGUCCAGGCGACAGCAGAAUCAGAUGGGGACACGCAGUCAGAGAAGCCAGGGCAACCUGCAGUUGAGACAGAUGACUGGGAUGGACCAGGAGAGCUGGAGGUGUUUCAGAAAGAUGGAGAGCGAAAAAUUCAGAGUCGGCAGCAACUUCCAGUGGGAACUACCUGGGGACCAUUCGCUGGGAAAAUGGACUUGAAUAAUAAUUCCUUGAAGACAAAGGCUCAGGUCCCGAUGGUGCUGACUGCUGGUCCCAAGUGGCUGCUGGAUGUGACUUGGCAAGGAGUGGACGACAACAAAAACAACUGCAUCGUGUACAGCAAAGGGGGUCAGCUUUGGUGCACGACUACGAAGGCCAUCUCUGAGGGUGAAGAGCUAAUUGCCUUUGUGGUGGAUUUUGACUCCAGGCUGCAAGCUGCCAGUCAGAUGACUCUUACAGAAGGGAUGUACCCGGCGCGUCUGCUGGAUUCAAUUCAGCUGCUUCCUCAGCAAGCUGCCAUGGCUUCUAUUUUGCCCACAGCUAUUGUCAAUAAGGAUAUAUUCCCGUGCAAGUCCUGUGGCAUCUGGUAUCGCAGUGAGCGGAAUCUGCAAGCCCAUCUGAUGUACUAUUGCAGUGGAAGGCAAAGAGAAGCUGCACCAGUGUCAGAGGAAAAUGAGGACACUGCUCCUCAGAUUUCCAGCCUGUGUCCCUUCCCACAGUGUACCAAGAGCUUUUCGAAUGCCCGAGCUCUAGAAAUGCACCUGACCUCACACAGUGGAGUGAAAAUGGAAGAAUUCCUCCCCCCUGGUGCUAGUCUCAAAUGCACCGUCUGUAGCUACACUGCUGAUUCUGUGAUCAACUUUCACCAACACCUGUUCUCCCAUCUCACUCAAGCUGCCUUCCGAUGCAAUCACUGCCACUUUGGCUUCCAGACUCAGAGGGAGUUAUUGCAGCACCAGGAGCUCCAUGUCCCUGGCAGCAAACUGCCCCGAGAAAGUGACAUGGAACACUCUCCAAGUGGAACCGAAGACAGCUUACAGCCAGCCACAGACUUGCUGACCAGAAGCGAACUCCCCCAGAGCCAAAAGGCCAUGCAGACUAAAGAUGCGAGCUCUGACACGGAGCUGGACAAGUGUGAGAAAAAGACUCAGCUCUUCCUCACUAACCAGAGACCCGAAAUUCAGCCUACAACCAAUAAACAAAGCUUUUCUUACACGAAAAUAAAGUCUGAGCCCUCUAGUCCAAGACUCGCCUCAUCUCCAGUUCAGCCUAAUAUUGGGCCUUCUUUCCCCGUGGGACCCUUUCUAUCGCAGUUUGCUUUUCCCCAAGAUAUCACAAUGGUCCCUCAAGCGUCAGAGAUCUUGGCCAAGAUGUCUGAACUGGUACACCGGCGCCUGAGGCACGGAAGUAGUAGCUACCCUCCCGUCAUUUACAGCCCCUUGAUGCCCAAGGGGGCUACCUGUUUUGAGUGCAACAUAACCUUCAAUAACUUGGAUAAUUAUCUAGUGCACAAAAAACAUUACUGCAGCAGCCGAUGGCAGCAGAUGGCCAAGUCCCCCGAGUUCCCUGGCGUUUCAGAAAAGAUGCAGGAGGCUGUGAGUCCCAGCUCGGGUCAGCCCUCCAUCAAUCUUCUCAAUCCAGCCACUCACUCCUCGGAUCCUGAAAAUCCACUUCUUCAAACACCCUGCAUCAGUUCUUCCGCCGUUUUAGAUUUAAUUGGGCCAAACGGGAAGGGCCACGACAAGGACUUUAACACGCAAGCUAAGAAGCUCUCCACCCCCAAUAGCAAUGAUGAUAAAAUGAAUGGGAAACCUGUUGAUGUCAAAAACCCCAGCGUCCCCUUAGUGGAUGGGGAAAGUGACCCAAAUAAGACUACCUGUGAAGCUUGCAACAUUACUUUCAGCCGGCACGAAACCUACAUGGUCCACAAACAGUAUUACUGUGCGACGCGCCACGACCCCCCGCUGAAGAGGUCGGCUUCCAACAAAGUGCCUGCCAUGCAGAGAACCAUGCGCACGCGCAAGCGCAGGAAGAUGUACGAGAUAUGCCUGCCUGAGCAGGAUCAGAGGCCCCAGCUGGCCCAGCAGCGCUUUCUGGACGUGGCCAACCUCAGCAACCCUUGCACCUCCGCCCAAGAAGCCACGGAAGGGCUGGGCGAGUGCUACCACCCAAGAUGCGAUCUCUUUCCAGGGAUUGUCUCAAAGCACUUGGAAACCUCCCUGGCCAUGAACAAGUGUGUCCCGGCUUCCAAAUGCGACACCGCUCACCCCAGCGUCUCCUGCCUGGAGAUGGACGUCCCCAUCGACCUCAGCAAGAAGUGUUUGUCCCAGUCUGAGCGGACCACCGCGUCCCCCAAAAGGCUACUGGACUACCAUGAGUGCACCGUGUGCAAGAUAAGCUUCAACAAGGUGGAGAACUACCUGGCCCACAAGCAGAACUUCUGCCCGGUCACCGCCCAUCAGCGCGGCGACCUGGCUCCGCUCGACAGCAAAGUGUUUCCCAAUCCAGAAAGCGAACGAAACAGCCCCGACGUCAGCUAUGAAAGAAGCAUCAUAAAAUGCGAGAAAAAUGGCAACCUGAAGCAGCCUUCCCCCAAUGGAAACUUAUUCUCAUCCCACUUAGCGACGCUGCAGGGCCUGAAAGUCUUCAGCGAGGCCGCUCAGCUCAUCGCGACGAAAGAAGAAAACAAACAUUUGUUUCUUCCCCAAUGCCUGUACCCUGGAGCAAUAAAGAAGGCCAAAGGAGCCGACCAGCUUUCUCCGUACUAUGGAAUCAAGCCAAGUGAUUACAUUUCCGGUUCUCUGGUCAUCCAUAACGCUGAUGUGGAGCAAAGCACAAACGCGGAAAACGAAUCUCCCAAAGGCCAGGCUUCUUCCAACGGGUGCGCUGUGCCGAAGAAAGAUUCCCUGCCCUUGUUGCCCAAAAAUCGAGGCAUGGUCAUCGUGAAUGGUGGACUGAAGCAAGAAGAGCGCCCUGCCGCCAACCCCCAGCAAGAGAACGUUGCCCAGAACCCUCAGCGUGAAGACGGCCACAAGUCUCCCUCCUGGGUCUCCGAGAACCCCUUAGCCACGAACGAGAACGUCUCCCCAGGCAUUCCCUCCGCAGAGGACCAGUUGUCUAGUAUAGCAAAAAGUGUGAAUGGCUCCACCCAGGCGCCCACCAGUGGGAAAUACUGCCGGCUCUGUGACAUCCAGUUCAACAACCUCUCAAACUUUAUAACUCACAAAAAGUUUUAUUGCUCAUCACAUGCCGCGGAACACGUCAAAUGA